AUGGUGCAGGGACACGGUGCUAAUGACGGACAUGAGGCCGGCGUGACAAAGCAAUUAUGCGAAUGGAUCCAAAAAGUCUCCUUAGAUGAUGUCCCUGAAGAUGUGCGCACUCGCGCCAAGCACCUAGUUCUCGAUGGUCUUGCCUGCGCCAUUGUGGGCUCUCAUCUGCCAUGGACCGAGACUGCUGCCCGAGCUGUCUUUGACAUGGAAUCUUCAGGGAACUGCAGUGUUUGGGGCCAUGAAAGGAAAACCGGCGCGUUACCUGCCGCGUUGUUAAACAGCACUGCUAUCCAGGGAUUCGAGCUCGAUGACUGGCACUUAAUAGCCCCUCUGCACUCGAAUUCUCUAAUCCUACCCGCCGUAUUUGCAGCGGCCAGCCAGGAGAGUGCUAAGAAUUCUACAAAGUUUGACGGCAAGGCUUUCCUGCUCUCCGUUAUUGCCGGGUAUGAGACAGGGCCCCGAGUCGGCAAUGCCUUGUAUGGCAAAGAUAUGCUCACGCGUGGAUGGCAUUCCGGCGCUAUAUUUGGCCCAUCUGCCUCCGCUGCAGCGGUUAGUAAGCUUCUCAACCUCCCUGCUGAAUCUAUCGAAGAUGCCCUCGGUAUUGCCUGUACGCAAGCCGGGGGGUUAAUGUCGGCCCAGUUCGGCAGUGAUGCAAAGCGCAUGCAGCAUGGAUUUGCCGCUCGCAAUGGCCUUUUUGCCGCUCUGUUGGCGAAACAAGGAUAUACCGGGAUCAAGAAUGUUUACGAAGAGUCAUAUGGGGGCUUUCUAGCUAUGUUUGGAGAGGGUUCGGGCAAGGAGCCCCGAUAUCUACCGGAGGAGGUCUCAAAGGAGCUGGGCCAGAAGUGGCAAUUACGGCUGAUUGGCGUCAAGCUUCAUGCCUCGAUGGCUGCUACGCACUGCACAAUUGAUUGUGUACAAGCAUUGCAAGAACGAUAUCCCAAAGAACUAGCCGACUUGAGGGAAGUCACCAGCAUCAAGCUCGAAAUGGGCGAAGCUGCAUGGAAACACGGUGGAUUCGAAGUUAAACGGCCAGUUUCAGCAACUGGGGGCCAAAUGAGCUGUGCGUAUACAGCCGCUGUUCAGCUCGUUGAUGGCCAGGUACUAGCAGACCAGUUCCGUCACAGCAAGCUGGAUCGAGAUAUUAUAUGGGAACUGGUCAGAAAAACCCAAUGUGUGCACGAACCUGAUGUAGGAGACACAUAUAAACAGCGAGUGACCAUCACACUCAAGGCUGGAACGACUCUCACCCAAGAACUGGAGGGCCCCAAGAGCGUAUUUCCUGGGGUAUCAAAUAAAGAGAUUGUCGAUAAAUGGCGGCGUUUGACGCACGGAAUCAUCGAGGAGAAGCGUCGCGAUGAAAUUGAGAAGGUCGUACUAGAUAUUGAGGGGUUAGACGACGUUGGCAAUUUGGAAAAACUGCUGUCUGGUUCUAUUUUGAGCCCAAUUGCCUAA